AUGGGUGAGGUUCCCCCCGUGUGGGGCCAAUUCCCCAACCCGCCCCGUAACAGAAACUCCAGAACGGUCCCAGAAUGGAUGGAUCCUGCUGGCAACCACGGUCAGAUCCAGUUCCUACGAAUGAAACCAGUAAGCCCGGCCAAACUCCCAAAGAACCCGUUUGUAAUCUCGUCAUCCGUCGAACGACUUGUUGGUAAAAUUGAGGGCGGAAAUCCCAUCGACGGUGGAACAAACUACCUACUGAAGGUCCGAAAUCCAACCCAAGCCGCAAAACUCACCCAACUGACCCGGCUCAUCGAUGAAACUCCAAUCACCAUUGAGGAACAUCCAACACUUAAUUUUUGCCACUGCGUCGUCACCUGCGGUAGUGCCGACGGACUCUCCAACGAAGAGCUCCAAAGCUUCCUCUCCGAACAAGGCGUCAACAAAGUCUAUCGGUUCACAAGGAAAACCGACAAAAAAGUUAUCCCUACCAGCUCAAUGGUCCUUACAAUCAAAGGAACGGUCCCACCUCCCUACAUCUACUUCGGCUUCAUCAGAGUUGCCACUCGUCCGUACUACCCGCGACCACUGCUGUGCUAUAGCUGCGGAAAGUACGGUCACUCGAAAAACCGCUGCCAAAAUGCCCCCAUCUGCCUUGAUUGUGGUUUCCCAAACCAACACGAUCCGUGCCCGAAUCGUCCGCUCUGCGUAAACUGCCGUGGGAACCACCCAGCUACCAGCAAACUGUGCCCUGUACACAAACAGGAAGAAGCCAUCAUCCACUUGAAGGUCGACCUCGGUCUAACCCAAACCGAAGCAACCAGAGUAUUCCAGCAACAUUCCAACAACAAUCAACGAGUCUCCCAAAAUAUCCCAAAUGCUAACCCGGAAAAGGACCAACGGAUUAUGGAACUUGAACUCCUCGUUUCAAAACUACAAGAAGAGAUUGAACAACUGAAAAACAGCAACAACGAAUCUACGCUCGCUACCAACACCCCUUCCUCCCAGGACUCCGAGGAUUCCGUCUCCGAACCCGAACAACAACCUUUAACCCGAAACACCCAGAACAUCACAUCCACUCCAAAGCGCAAUCGGAACAACUGUUCCAUUGACAGUCCCCCCGAAUCAACAACAAAUGCUUGCAACAAAAAAACAAGACUUCCCCAGAUGAAACCAGUCGAAGCCCAAGGUAAACCCCCUCAGACUGCCCCCAACCCAAAUGGUAAGUCCACCUAA